AUGCUUUCAAGUCACCUUUCGGUAGACCUGGACUUCAGCAUCGCUUUGAAUAGCAUCAGCUCGAGUUCUCCGUUCUCAACCGCCAACAUUUCGGCCCAAGACUUUUCAGUCUUCACCACGGAUUCCCAACCAUCAACAUGGCUUCCCAACUCCGCCUCCGCCUUGCCGGCUUCACCCGCGCACCAGCAGUCCCUGAACCCGCCCGAGAGCCCUCAGCAGCAGGACUUUGUUCUGUUCGACAAUCCGCCUCCGCGACAGUCCCUUAAUCGGUCAUCCGCACCGCUGUCCAACAACAGCCAGCGUCGACAUUCGUACCACGACCGCCGCGGCAACAACAGCAGCAAGCUCGUCUCGCCAAACGCGGUCCAGAAUCAGCGCGUGGCCCAGCUCCUCCGCGGUAUCGGACAUCAGUCUCAGUCUUCCGUCAACUCCAACAACCGUUUCGCCAAUCAGUUUUACGCUUCAUCGGCUCCAUCGUCGACCGUCUCCUUGAAUCAGAAUCAGCAGAAAUCUAGAAUCGCUAGACCUCCUGUUCCAUUGUUCAGCCAAAGCGCGGGUAACGUCCAUCAAUCCGCCAAGAUGAUGAACGCUGCAGACGUCGACUUGGACGAGUUCACCGCCUUUGAAGGCGGUGCAUACACGGCCUUUUCGUCCCCGGUGGUCCCCUCCGCCGUGGACUUUGGUGGCAGCAUGUCGAGCUCCACGUCCAACCUGGGCACUGUGUCGCCUCAGGACCUCCUCGUGCAGGAGCCGUUCAUGUCGGCUCCCAACUCGAGCGCCCUGACGGCACUGACGUCGCCGUCCAUCUACAAUGAGUCUCCCGACUUUGAUGGCUUCGACGUCUCGCCCAACUUUGGAACCACCGACCUUGAUGGGUCGGGCGACCCUUGGUAUCCGCUCUUCCCUCAGGAGUCGGCCAGCGGCCCUGAGCAGACGCAGAGCCUCGACAACUCGCCCGCCCAGCAGUCGGAUGACCUCGACUCUGUCGGCCAGGGCUUCGCCGGCAGCGGCCGGAAGAAGGGCUCUGGCUCUCCCACUGGCCGGCACUCUUCGGUCGCUGGCGUCAACUCGCGCAAGCGAGACAAGCCCCUGCCGCCCAUCAUUGUCGAGGACCCCAACGACACCGUGGCCAUGAAGCGCGCACGCAACACGCUCGCGGCCCGAAAGUCGCGUGAGCGCAAGGCUCAGCGAUUUGAGGAUCUCGAGGAGCGCAUUGCGAAGCUCGAGGCCGAGCGGGAUCACUGGAAGAAGAUUGCUCUUUCGCAAUCGGGUGCGCAAUAA